AUGGUGAUAUAAAACGCACCUAAACGUUAUAAAUAAAAUCAUGUUGAGAUUGUCAGCCGUAGUUCUGAACGUACUUCUUGUUAGCCAUGGAUCCUCGGCAGGAACCGCGAACAUUGAAAGUCAGCCAAAGGACAUGGAAGCUCAAUGCAACGGAUACUGCUUCUCGACCCUGAGGCCAGUUAUGCAGUAUGUUGCUGUCCACCAGGACAAAUGGAAUACUUGUACGGAAAUCAUAGCGAACGAAACCCUCAAGGAUCAGAACCAGUUGAGUGUCCAGCUGGAUGCCUUAAAAGCAGACGUCUCCAACAUAAAGGCAUCGCAGCUGUCAAAGGAUGAUAAGCUGGACAGGAUAGAGCGAGAGCAGUCAGCCAUGCAGGAGUCUUUGAAGACCAUCAAUCGGGAUCUUACAGGGAAACUGGACAGAACUAAGUCGCAGCUUGAGGCGAUCAAGAGUACAAUGGAAUCUAUGAAGGCCCAAAUGGAUGGCUAUCUCUCAGCCAUAAAUGAAGUUCAAUCUACUUUGGAUAAGAAAUGCCUACAGCCAGGAUUUGAGAAGAUUGGCGAUAGAUAUUUCCACAUCGAAGAAGAUGUUGAGCUAAAUUGGCUGGAUGCUCAGGCCAGCUGUCGUCGAAUGGGAGGUCACCUAGCCUCUAUAAAAAAUAAACAGGAGUUUGAUGCAAUCGUCGAAAAACUCGAUAGUUCGAAGAAAUACUUCCUGGGCAUCAACGAUCGCACAAAAAUCGGGGACUUUGUGUCUGCAGUCUCCGGAAAACGUUGUUUGUAUCUCAAGUGGAGUCCUGGUGAACCCGAUCACUCUAACGACCGAGAGCGAUGCGUUUCAAUCGUGCGAAGCCACAUGUAUGUGAGCAAUUGUACUUAUCAAAAAAGAUUCAUAUGCCAGUUAGAUGCCAGUUAAAGAAAAUCAAAUCUUUGUGCAUUUUGAAUA